GAAUAAUUUCUAAAGAAGUUUUCAAGAAAAAAAGAGAUGGAUAUUACAGAUAACAAUUUUAGAAUCAUAUCAGAGUACUUGGCUAAUACUUUGAACCCCGACGCUAAUGUCCGACGACCUGCCGAACAGUUUUUGGAAAAAGUAGAUCACAAUCGAAACUUUCCGCAGCUUUUACUACUCUUGAUCGAAAAGGAUGAAGUUGAUAUGACCAUUCGCACUGCUGGUGCUAUUGCCUUUAAAAAUUAUAUUAAACGCAAUUGGGGCCGGCCAAACGAUUAUCCUGAUGAACCUGACAGGAUUCAUGAAAGUGAUCGUGAAGCUAUCAAGAAAAUGAUUGUUCCAAUGAUGUUAAAAUCAUCAAUUUCGAUUCAAAAACAAUUAAGUGAUGCCAUUCAGAUUAUUGGAAAAUACGAUUUCCCUAAAAAGUGGCCACAACUUAUCGAUGAAAUGAUUGAAAAGUUCCAAUCUGGUGACUUUCAUGUCAUUAAUGGUGUGCUUAAAACAGCUCAUUCAAUUUUUAAACGUUAUCGAUAUGAAUUCAAAUCACAGGAGUUAUGGGAAGAAAUCAAACAUGUAUUGGAUAAGUUUGCUAAACCACUAACAGAGUUAAUGCAGGCUACAAUGAAUCUCACUGUGACUCAUGCAAAUAAUGAAGCAGCUUUGAAAGUUAUUUACGGAUCACUUGAAUUAAUGUGUAAAGUCUUCAAUUCGCUUAAUUCUCAAGAUCUGCCCGAAUAUUUUGAAGACAAUAUGUCAACAUGGAUGACAAUCUUUCAUCAACUUCUUGUCACAAAUGUUCCAUGUUUAGUAACAAAUGACGAUGAUGAACCAGGAGUGUUAGAAAUGCUUCGUUCUCAAAUUUGUGACAAUAUCGCAUUAUAUGCUCAAAAAUAUGACGAAGAAUUUGCUCCAUUUAUGCCUCAAUUUGUCACAGCUGUUUGGGAAUUGCUGGUGAAUACAGGACAACAACCGAAAUAUGAUUCACUUGUGACAAAUGCACUUCAAUUUUUGAGUACUGUUGCCGGACGUCAACAAUAUCGAAAUUUGUUUGAAGAUCCAAAUGUCUUGGCAAGCAUUUGUGAGAAAGUUAUCGUUCCAAACAUGGACUUUAGAAAUUCCGAUGAAGAAUUGUUUGAAGAUAAUCCAGAAGAAUACAUAAGGAAAGAUAUUGAAGGGUCGGACAUUGAUACAAGACGACGUGCUGUGUCUGAUUUCGUUCGAACAUUGUCACAAUAUUUUGAGAACAAAAUCGUCGAACUUUUCAGUCAAUAUUUGAAUGUUUUAUUGCAAAGAUACAAAUCGGAUCCGAAGAACAAUUGGCGAUCAAAAGAUACUGCAAUUUAUUUAGUUACGACAUUGGCAUCGAAAGGCGCAACACAAAAACAUGGAGUGACGCAAGCAUCACAACUUGUGCCUUUACCUCAAUUUUGUCAGACAGAAAUAAUUCCGGAACUUGAACGACCAGAUGUAAAUGAAAUGCCGGUGUUGAAAGCAGAUGCUCUAAAAUUCUUGAUGACAUUCCGAACAAUGCUUGGACAACAAAUUAUUCAAACAAUUCCUCAAGUUGUUCGGCAUUUACAAUCAGACAGUUUCGUCGUUCACAGUUAUGCUGCUUGUAAUCUCGAGAAAAUGCUCAUCAUGAAAGAUUCAAGUGGAAAUUCUUUAAUCACUCAAGAAAUCAUAGCACCAUUUAGUGAGAAUGUUAUUGGCGGACUCUUCACAGCACUCACCAAACCCAAUUCAGGGGAGAAUGAAUACAUCAUGAAGGCAAUUAUGCGAUCAUUUAGUACAUUAAAUGAACACACAAUGCCCUUCAUGGCUGUGGCUUUACCGAAAUUGACAGAAAUUCUUACACAAGUUGCAAAAAAUCCAUCAAAGCCGCAUUUCAAUCAUUAUUUGUUUGAAACAAUCGCUUUAUCGAUAAAGAUUGUUUGCAAGAUUGAGCCAAAUGCUGUGACAUCAUUCGAAGAAGCUCUUUUUCCUCAAUUCCAAAAUAUUCUUCAAGCUGACAUCAUGGAAUUCUUGCCAUACGUUUUUCAAAUGUUGUCAUUGUUGAUGGAGAUUAGACAGACAAUUGGAUCAGUUCCGGAUCCAUAUUUGGCUUUGUUUCCUUGCUUGUUGAGUCCAGUGCUGUGGGAACGUCCAGGAAACAUCACGCCUUUGAUUCGACUUCUUUGUACGUUUGUGAAACAAGCAUCACCUCAAAUACAAGCGCAAGGAAAAUUAAUGGCUGUGCUUGGAGUUUUUCAAAAGAUGAUUGCAUCGAAAGCAAAUGAUCAUGAAGGAUUUUAUUUGUUGCAGAACUUGUUGAUGUAUUAUCCACGUAAUGAUCUUCAACAGAACAUGUCACAGAUCUUUACGUUGUUGUUUCAACGAUUAAGCUCAUCAAAAACAACGAAAUAUGUGAAAUCUCUUAUUGUCUGUUUCACUUUUUAUGCGGCUAAGAUUGGUCCAAAUGAAUUGAUUCAACUUAUUGAUGGCAUUCAAAAUCAACUGUUUGGAAUGGUUUGUCAAAGAGUUUUCAUAACUGAUGUGAACAAAGUUUCUGGAGAUGUAGAUCGUAAAAUUGUUGCUGUUGGAAUGGCGAAAAUUCUUUGCGAAUCACAAACAAUGUUGCAGCAGUAUUUUGCUCACUGGACAGGAAUGUUGCAAGCUUUGAUCGAAUUAUUUGAACUUCCACCUGACGAAUCAAGUAUCGAAGGUGACAACUUUAUUGAAAUUGAAGAUACUGCUGGAUAUCAAGUCACAUACUCACAACUUAACUUUGCUACUGGUAAACGAGAUGAUCCUGUGUCUGAGAUUUCUGAUGGGAAAAGACAUUUAGUUGAAUUACUGAGCAAGAUGCAACAACCUGAAGUGAAAAAUGCAUUAAGACAAAUGCCGGCUCAUCAUCAAGCAGCGCUUCAAAAAUACGCCACACCUUAUGGCGUUUACGUUGGAGCGCUAUCGAUACAUUACGAAGCUCUGAGUGUUGAAGCCUCAAAGCAGACGACAGCCGAAGAAAUAGUAUCCUGCAUAGUGGAACGACUUGGAUUGACUGGCAAUAAUUAUGAGUUAGCGGAAGUUAUUGGACAUUGUAAAGAACGAAGACUUUCAUCACAUGAAAAGCCGGUAUCAUUGAAACUUCUAUGGCCAAAACAUUCUGAUCCACAUUUUGGGCGUUUCUAUUUACGUGAGAAACAACCACAAGAGCCGACAUGGCUUGACAGCUAUGGUUUCGAUCCUCAAGUACUUAAAGAAUUUCUUUCACAACCUGAGAAUCGAGAAUAUCCUGAUUUGUGCCAAUUGCCCGAUCUCAAUGAAUCAACACUUCUCGAGAACCUCCGACAACGCUUCGAAGCUGGGCAUAUCUACACAUAUGUUGGAUCGAUUCUAAUUGCUGUGAAUCCAUUUCGUUUUCUGCCAAUUUACAACCCAAAAUAUGUGAGACUGUAUCAGAAUCAAAGAAUUGGGCCAAUACUUCCGCCACACAUUUUUGCCAUUGCCGAUAACGCUUACUAUUGCAUGUUAAAGGAGAAACGCAAUCAAUGUGUCGUUAUAAGUGGCGAAAGUGGUUCGGGAAAAACAGAAAGUACGAACUUUUUACUUCAUCAUUUAACGGCAUUGUCACAGAAGGGUUCACAUGGUUCUGGGGUUGAGCAAACAAUUCUCAGUGCUGGGCCAGUUCUUGAAGCUUUUGGUAAUGCAAAAACAGCGCACAAUAAUAAUUCGAGCCGUUUUGGAAAGUUUAUUCAGGUAAAUUAUCGUGAAAAUGGAAUGGUUCAAGGAGCUGUUGUUCAAAAGUAUCUGCUUGAAAAGAGUCGAAUAGUUUCUCAGGGAACAUACGAAAGGAACUAUCACGUCUUUUAUUAUUUGCUCUCUGGUGCCACCGAACAUGAACGUGAUACACUUCAUCUACUGCCAGCUGAAAAGUAUCAUUACCUCAAUGCAAAGAAUCUGACGUUGGAGAAUUGUGAUGAGAAAUAUGAAUUCUCACGUCUUAAGCAGAGUAUGGAAAUGGUUGGCUUUUCACCAGAGAAACAAAGGCGACUCUUUAUGGUUUUGUCUGCUGUUCUUCUACUUGGAAACAUUGAAUUUUAUCCGAAAAAGUCGACGUAUCAUCAUGAUGAAAGUGUUCAAGUGCGAAAUCUCGACGUUGUUCAUCUCAUAUCGGAAUUGUUAAAGGUCAAAUAUGAAACUCUUUUAGCAGCACUUACAUCAAAGCGUGUCAAAGCAAGUGGCGAAACGCUUAUUAUGCAAUACAAACUUCCAGAAGCAAUAGCUGCAAGAGAUGCACUCGCAAAAUGUCUCUACGGUGCACUCUUUGAAUGGAUUGUGCUUCAAGUUAAUCAUGCAUUGUUGAACAAAGAUCAAGCCCUUCAUACUGGACAUUCAAUUGGUGUACUUGAUAUAUUUGGCUUUGAAGAUUUCGGAAUGCACAAUAAUUUUGAGCAGAUCUGCAUCAACUACGCUAAUGAACAUCUGCAAUAUUAUUUUAAUCUCCACGUUUUCAAAUACGAACAAAAAGAAUAUAAACGAGAAGGAAUUAAAUGGACUGACAUUGAAUUCCUUGACAACUCUGGUUGUCUUCAUUUAUUUGAAUCUAAACCAACGGGUUUGUUGUGCAUCUUAGAUGAUUCGUGCAACUUUCCUGGUGGUAGUAAUGAAAAUCUCCUUCAUAAAUUUAAUAACAUUCACAAAGACAAUCCGUUUUAUGAGAAGCCACAGAGAAAGGAAAAUGCUUUUAUAAUCAAACAUUAUGCUGGAAAAGUGAAAUAUCAGGUUGCUGAAAUGCGGGAGAAGAAUCUCGAUCUUAUGCGACAGGACAUCGUUAGUGUCUUAAAAAAUUCCAGCAUGGCAUUUGUUCGUGAACUUGUUGGAGCUGACCCUGUUGCAGUGUUUCGUUGGGCAAUCUUACGAGCAUUCUUUCGUGGUUAUUUUGCAUUCCGAUCAGCUGGGAUUAAGCACAGGAAAGAACGAGCUGAUCAGUCAUUAAGCAAAAUCACAACAAAGACGAGAUUCCGAACAGGAAAUGAUAGUCUGGUUAGUAAGCGAAUCAAUUCAACGACAACUUUUAUGGCUCUUAAUGCCAGUAACGAACCAACAACGAAUUUUAUUCACCAUCGUGUUCAUAACAGUCCAUUACAACAAGCAACAACACCGCCACGUCGUUCGUGGUCAACAUUUACAUUUAACAACAAAAACUUCCCUGAUGGAAAAUUAACUUACGAAAGUCAACAAUUGGGAAAUGAAAAGAUUCCUUGGAAGAUCAACGAUGUCACUGAAAUUGUUCGAUCACGCGAUGGUAAAGAGCGUCAAGACGUUAUGGCACGAGCGUCACAAAUCGUGAUGAAAAAUAAAUCGUUUAGACCGCGAGAACGACCGAAGAAAGGACUUAAAAAUCUGCAAUCAGUUAAGACAUUGACAGCUGGUCAAAACUUGAUAAAUAAUCAAACGUCUGUUAAGACGAGAAAGCAGCCGCUGACAGUCACCGCACAAUUUCAAAAUUCACUUAUAGCUCUAAUGGAGACGUUGAAUCAGGCAAACCCAUUCUUCAUUCGAUGUAUUAAAUCGAAUCCCAACAAGAUUCCAAAUCAGUUCGAUGAUGCGACAGUAACAAGACAGCUUCGCUAUACUGGAAUGCUUGAAACAGUUCGAAUACGUCGUGCUGGUUACAAUGUUCGUCUUACUUAUGAAGAGUUUAUUCAGCUCUAUCGGAUUCUAUUACCGAAAGGACUUCUUAGCUCGCAAAAAGAUGUUCGAGAUUUUAUGAAUCGUUUUAUGGAUCUUAACAAGCAACAUUAUCAACUUGGCUUGACGAAAAUUUACAUGCGCGAGAAUCAAAAGAUGCGAUUAGACAUUCGACUUCAUACAAAAAUUAUCGAGUCGAUUGUUUGUAUUCAACGAUGGUUUCGAAGUAUUUUACAACGUCGAAAGUUCCUGUUACAACGGCAAGCAGUUGUGACAAUUCAAUCAAAUUGGCGAAUGUGUAUGGCACAAAAGCAAGUUCAUUUUCGACGUGCUUGCUAUCAUGGAGCUGCGAUAACAAUUCAAGCACAAUGGCGAAUGUAUGUGAUGAGAAGAAAUUAUUUGAAGCUUCGACAAACGGUGAUUCUUCUUCAAGCUUACAUUCGAGGAAAGUUGGCAAGAACAAAAUUCCAUCAAAGUCUUAAACAAAAGCAUAUGCGCGAACGUCAACGAUUGCGAUCAACUCAAAGUCUCCCAGCACACGAGCGAAGUGUUGAUGUUCAUUUUGAACCUGUGAAACGUAUUCGAACGCCAACACCACAUUACAGCUUAGAUUCUGAAGUUGAACUGUGUCAGGAACCUGAAGAGUCGCCAUCACAUCGUUUGAGUAAACAGAAACGCGAUCAAAUGUUGGAUCAAACGGAACAGCAGAUAAGAAAUUUAUUAAUCAACAAAGACGAUCAAUACUCGUCGAGAAAGUCGUCAUCGUCAUCGGUUUCAAAUGCAGAGCCUUUUAUUUCAUAUCAACCGCCAUCGACAACCUUCAGACAUGACGAUGUCCUUGAUCUUGGCACGAAACUUUACGAUGUUGAGAAAGCGAUGAAGAGAAAUGAAGAAAGUGACAACACAUUGAAACGCUUCGAUGUCACAAAAAUGCCAAUAAGGCGAAUUGAUUCAGGUCCGGCAAGAAGAGAAAUUCGAUUCGAUUCAAACAACGGUGUUCGUCCAACACCCGCGACAGAUGUUGAAAUUGUCUUCGUGAAUACAGCACUUCAACAACAACAACAACAACAGCAGCAGCAACAACAGCCGAUUCCAUCGUCGUCAUCAUCUGGAUCAAUGACAAGCACAAGAUCAAGUCCAUAUAAUCAACAAUAUAGUCUCGACACACUUCCACAUCGUCGCGAUAUUGUAAGCCGAAGUUUAAAUGAUGAAUUCCAAAAUUAUCAACCGCCGAUUGUUUAUCAUCAACCACCACAACAAAUGCAGCAUGAAAAUCUCUCACGAAGUGCAACAACAUCAGUUGGUGUCGCUCCAAAAGGAAAAGCUGCUGCGCUACUGGGAACGAUAGCAGAGUCAUCGUCAACAAAGCAUAAGAAAGAUAUGGAAAUUCUCAGUAAGCAUAAGCGAACGAAAAAUAAUAUGAGUGAUGAAAUGACGACGGGUCCUUAUUACGGUGCAACAGCAAAAAUUCAUAAACUCGAUGCGACAUUAGCACGAAGAAAUUCAGAUCCAGCAAAUAAGAUUCCACUUCUUGAAGUGAAUCGUGGAAAUGAUUUAUAUCAAUCGAGUACAAAUAUCAACAUUGGUGGUCAUCGUUUUAGGAAAGUUACAAGAAUUGGUAAAAGUGAGAAGUGUGCGAGUUGUGAUGAAACGGAUUCGUUUAUCUCAGAAGGUCAUCGUUGUCUUGAUUGUAAGAUUCUUGUGCAUACAAAAUGUAUUCAGAAUGGUGGAAUAAAAAGCAUCAAAUGUACUGCGAAAAGAUCAGGAAAACGAGUGAAGAAGAUGACGGAGAGAGAGAAAAUUGCUGCUGGUACGAGUGGAACGCCAAAUUCUAAAUUCAGUGGAACUAAAGAGUACACAGAUUCAACUGAUAAGAUUAUAAGUGACGCUAAGGAGCUUCAAUUGAUGCAAGACUUCAUAACACAGAAAAUAUGUAAAAUGGAAGGCGAAAAAGUGUCGGAAGUUGAUCGUGUUUUUAAACAAGCUCUCAGAGAGUUUAAAGAUAAUCUCGUUGCACAAUAUAGCGUCGCACAUAAACAAAACAGCGACAUGCUUAAUAUCAAAUAUCGCGAUCUUAUCACAAAUUUCGAGCAAGUUAUUGAAACAUCGUGUGGUAAAACUGAUGAUUUUCCCAAAACGAUGGGCGUAAAUGCCUUUCGUGGUUUUAUGAAUGAAUUUAUGAAUUCGAGGGAAACUGAGAAGCCAAAAGCUAAACGGAAAAAGGAUAAGAAGAGAAAAGCUGAUGAGCAAAUUCCUUUCAAUGGUCAUAUUUUCCAGUCGACAAUCAUCAACAUAGCGACGGUUUGUGAAAUUUGUCAACAAUUUUUACUCUGGCCGAUUGAGCGUGGCUUGGUUUGUCAAAAUUGUCCGCUCACCGUUCAUAAAAAGUGUCAUGUAAAAGCAUUACCAUGCAGUAAGUCAACAUCAUCAAGUGGACAUGGCGGCAUGAGUAAUAACGAACCUGGAAAACUCUUCAAAAUUCCACUGACACAACUGUUUGCAAUGGAGGGUGGUGCAAAGAUACCAACAAGAAUUGAUCAAUUGAUAACAAAGAUUGAAAUGCAUGGACUUUAUGCUGAAGGAUUGUAUAGAAAGAGUGGAGUCAGUUCAAAGAUCAAAGAACUGCAAAGAAAGAUGAACGAAUUGGGUGAAAUCGACUACGAGUCAUAUAACGUUCAUGUCCUCACAAAUGUUCUCAAAACUUUCCUUCGUGACCUUCCUGAGCCUCUUCUUACAUUCGAUCGAUAUGACGAUUUUCUCCGUGCUGCUGAAUUAUCCGAUGAAUCCGAUCGUGUUCAGACGUUGCUUUCCCUCAUCAAGAAACUACCUCCGGCCCAUCAUGCACUGCUCGAACGCUUAGUUUUUCAUUUAGCAAGAGUUGCACAACGUGAAGAAUAUAAUCGAAUGUCAGCCAGUUCGCUUGCAAUUGUUUUCUCGCCUUGUGUGUUAAGAACAAAUCGACCAUUACCAGCACAAGAUAGUCUCAAUGACAUCAGUCGACAGACGAAAUGUAUUGAGACAAUAAUAACACAAAAGAUGUUGAACAUCAAAAGCACUUUAGCAGACAUUGAUACGCUUGACACGGCAGCACAUACCGCAACAACACGACUUAGUACAUUGCGAAGUUCUAAAGUGUUCACACAAGAAGAAUUCAAUGCAACAGCACGAGCUGGAAGAGAAUCGGCCGAAGCUGAAGAGAUGUUAUUGGAAGGUCAUAUUCAAGAGAUUAAAAAAGAGAAAGCUUUGCUAACAUCAACAUUGCCAAGUUUGGCGCGUGCCAAUUCUGAUGAUGAUUUAUUGUCAACAGAUCUCGAUGGUGAAGGUGGAAGUUUAGAUGAUUUGAGUAAAGAACGAGACGGAAUGGAAUGUCAUAAAAUUGGAAGAGAAUCUCGUGAUGUGAGUGUCGAUUCAGCACUUAGUUCGGUUGAUGGAACAGCAUCUCCAGCUUCACAUAAUCAAAGACUUUCUAGUAGCACCACCACCAGCACUGCUGACGAUGAAAUGGCUGUGAAAUAUAAUUUACGUGAUCAAAACAUUGAUUAUAUUCCAACAACGCGACAACGCGUUACAACAUCAAUGAUUCAUCAACAAAAGUCGCCACUUAGAAAUGUCACGACUUGUAGCAUUAACAGUUCAGCGAAUAUCGUGAAGAAUGGCGAAGGUCGUGAGAGUCGCGGUUCAGAUUUACAACGUCAGAAACCGAUUGUGAUGAGAAGCAUUAGUGGCGGUGGAUAUGAGACGAAUGUUGGGAAGAGUCAUCAUCAGCCAUCAACUGCUAUGGGAUUGCAAAGAGCUGGAACAAUGGCAACAAUGGAAACGUCCAACCAUAAUAACAACAAUAACGACAGUGAUGAUGCGACGAGAAAGUCAAAGAAUCAAAGCAUUGAAGAUGAGCCAAUCAUGGUGUAAGUAAAUAAGUAAAUAAAUUAAUAAAUAAAUAAGCGAAUGAGUGGACUAAACAACUACACAAAACACUCGCUCAUGCACACUUAAAAGAAGCUUUCAUUAAAAGUAUUUUGGUUUAAAAUUUUCAACUCUUCCUUUUUAACGCAAAUUCCUUGUCGUAAACCUAAUGUGAUAAGUUAUCAUUCGAAGAAAGAGAGAAAGAAAGAAAAAAAUGGUUAAAACUAUUCCAAUUUCAUUGUUUAUGUAGAAGAAGCAAAUGAUAAAAAUUAUUCCGAAAGUAUUUUUCAAGAAAACACAAAAAAAAUUAUGAAAAAUUUUUCCAGUAUUUUUAAAGACGAAAAAAAAUAUAUAAAAAUUAAUUAAAUUUUAUUUCUUGGUAUUAAUCAAAUGAUGUUUGAAUUCUCAUAUAAUGUUUAACAGACAAAAGAAAAUUUAUGAAGGAAAGAAAUAUUAUUGAGAGAGAAAAAUAAAUUUUAUGAAUUUACAUUGAUCGUGUUGAAUGUAAAGCCUUUUGUAAUGGAAUUUAUUGCCACAUCACCGUGAAAAAAAAAGAAUCAAUCUACCUGAAUGAAAACAUUAAAAAAUGAAGAAGUUUACAGAAAAUUUAUUAGAGAAGAAGUUUUCCCAUAAUUUCAACUUAACAUAAUGAAAAACUGUGUACAAAAAUAUUAAAAAAAAAACGAUUUAAAUUUGAAGUGAGAGAAGAAAAACAUUUUUCUUUAGACUUGACGUGAGUGAAUGAGACUUAAAAUAGAAAGAUAUAAUAAAAGAAAAGUGAACAAUUGAAUAUUAAUUUGUGCAAUAUUCUUUUUGAGAGUUUUUCAAUCAUCAAAAUAUUUUUGAAUGUAGCAUUCUACAAACGUUCACAAUAUUCCUUCUCUUUUCUGUGACAAACUCUAUGCCAAAACAUUUCUAAAACAUUUUCAUUUCUAUUUAUUUUUACAUCUUUCUUUUUGUAACAAAAAAAGCCUGUUCUACUCAGUAGCACAGGCUUUCUUCUACCCAAAAGACUUGAAAAGCCUUUUUACAAAGUUAGGGCCACCGCGAAGUUAGAGACUUUCCUUGACGAAGAAGCCAAAACAAAUUAAUUAAAAAAUAGUGAAUCUCGAUGCAGCUUCUAAUUGUUAUUUAAAUUUCCCAGGACGUAAAAGAAAACAAAGUUUCACUUUAAUUUCCUAAAUAUUUUCAUAAUAAAUCGUGAGAUUACUUUCUGAUGAUUAUUCAAAUCAACUUGAAAGCAAAAACAUAAAAAAAUAAAUAAAAGAAAAAGAUGAAAACAAAUUUACUUAAUUAAUUCUAUUUUCCUUAAAGUGAAGGAAAUGAAUUUGAAUUUAACUCUAAAUAAUUUUCUUUAGAAAAAUAAAAUAAUGAAAUUUAACACAUUUGGGAGUGAGUUAAGAAUUGACAGCGACAUUGACUUGUUAAGAUUAAAA